CACAUGAUAGUGCUGAGAAUGCAUCUCAAUAAGAGUGAGGAUUACAUAAAUAAAUGCUUGAACAUUGUCCAAGGAUGUGGCAUACAAUGUGAAACGAUGCCGAAAGUAACCCGGUGGCGGCGCAAAGCGUUAGAAGAGAUACACCGCGUACGCGACGACAUUUACCACUCGCGGCGCUCCUACCGCGACCUGGUGCUGCACGGGCGACGCAAACAUAAUCACAUACGACGGCACGCGACCGCUAGAGUUAACGCCGCGGUCACUGAACUAGCCGAAUGUGCGAAGAAUGGAGGCACACAGGACAAACAUAAUACAAACACUAUGAAUAAUUUAUCUAAUCUUUAAGUUGUUAUGAUUUGGAUGUUUUGAUGACGAAGCGUAUUUACUCUGGAACGUUAGAAUAGAUUUUCUAUUCUGUGUUCUGUAUUCUAUGUAACGACAGGAUGUUAUUGUUUUAGUUCUGUUUCAUAGUUUUAAAUCCGCACUGUAUUUAUUUAAUGUAUUAUAUGUUGUAAAAUAACUAACCUUUAAUUCUGUUAACUAAUUACUGCGUUGAAAGUUUAACUAUCCAUAGUACAAGUA